CCUGGGCCUGGGCGUGAGGCACUCAAAGACCGAUACACAGCCAGACAGUGAAGCUUUCCUCAACUCCGGACAAACUUACCAACGUAAAAUGGGAAACUGCCAACCCACAAUUGUUCCUUAUGAGGACUUCGAUGUCGUGGCGGACAUCAAGGCAAUCCGCAAGGCCUGCAAAGGCCUGGGGACGGAUGAGCAGGCCAUCAUUGACAUCCUAGCCAACCGCUCUGCGGCGCAGAGGAUGGAGAUCAAGCAGGCCUACUUCGACAAGUAUGACGAUGAGCUGAUUGAGGUGUUGAAGAGUGAGCUGUGCGGUAACUUUGAGAAGGCCGUCGUCGCCAUGCUGGACCCCGCCAACGUCUACCUCGUCAAGGAGCUGCGGAAGGCCAUGAAGGGCGCGGGAACCGACGAGGACGUGCUCGUGGAGAUCUUGUCUACCUCCACCAAUCAGGACAUUGCCAUGUUCAAGGAGACUUAUUUUCAAGUCCACGAGAGGGACCUGGAGGCUGACAUCGAGGGGGACACCAGUGGCGAUGUGAGGCGGCUGCUGACUCUUCUCCUGCAGGGGACUAGAGACGAGGGGGAGGAUGUGGACGAGGCCUUGGCUGAGCAGGACGCUGCCUCCCUGUUUGAGGCAGGAGAAGGCCGCUUCGGGACAGACGAGUCCACAUUCAGCUACAUCCUGGCUACCAGGAACUACAUUCAGCUACAGGCUACGUUCAAGGCCUAUGAGCAGCUGUCGGGAACAGAAAUUUUGGACGUCAUCGAGAACGAGACCUCAGGCACCCUGAAAAAAUGCUACGUCGGCCUCGUGAGGUGUGCCAAGAACCCUCAGCUGUACUUCGCCCGCCGCCUCAACGCCGCCAUGAAGGGAGCUGGCACAGACGAAGACACGCUCAUCCGCCUCAUCGUGUGCCGUUCUGAGAUUGACCUGGAGACCAUCAAGGACCUGUACCUGGAGAAGUACGACGUAUCCCUGAAGGACGCCAUCAAGUCCGAGUGCGGCGGAGACUUCAAGCGCCUCCUGCUGGCCAUCUGCCACUGAGAGGAGGCGCGGAGAGAGGAGGAGACGAGGAGGAGGAGGAGGAGAGCGUCUGGUGAAGGACCCAGGGGCGCUCUGUCUUGAGUACAUGUUAUAACCAGCAGGACAAACUAACACAACUGACCACACACACACAAGUCCUUCAGUCCUCAACAUCCUCAAACUUGAUAUUAAAAUGAAAAUGCCUUUAGUGGGGCUGGGGUGGGAGAGAGAGAAGGAAGGAGGAAGGGAAGAGAAGGAGAAGAAAAGAAAAGAACAGAAUGAGGAAUGAGUGCUAGAAAAGGUAGCGAUGCACAAGGAGAGAAAUGGGGGGAAUGCAUGUAGAAUGAUGAAGACAAGGGUAGAUGGGGCAAAGGAAGGAAGAUUAUUUUAAUCAGACAGCCAAUUUACCACAUAGUGAAAAUGAGAUUAACAUUAUCAGUGAACUUGUUUCCUUUCCCCCUCUCCUAUAUUUAUUCAUAACUUAGAUUCACUAAUGGUCCUGUGAGUUGCUUUAGAUGGGUGUGGGUGUUAUGCUAUUUGGAAAACAUGUCUGCAAUUUUCUCCAUGUGAAAGCCAGUGUAGGCCAGUUCAUGCUAAUUGAAGUCUUGUGGCAAAGGGUUUAAAGAGUCAGUUGGUCAGCACAGACCAGGGCGUUUCCAUAUCUCUUCCAACUCUUGAUACGCAGAGCCAAAAAUAUUUUCAGCAGAAGCCUAGAAAAUCAUGCUUACUAAAAAGUCCACAGUAUCCUCAGCUGUUAUGGGUAUAAUGAUCUUAUACUCGUGGAUAUUUUGCUAGCUUGUUAUAUCUAGCUUGUUUGUGCCAGUACCUCCCACCUACAGUUAAACCUCGCAUAGAGCUUGUGACUGUUCAAAAAUCACAUGCACUUACUUACCGUAUCCCAUGUGAAUGAAAAAGAAAAAUGUGAAGGAUCUUAAACAUGAAGGAAUACCAUAUUUUGUUUUAAACAUCAAUCAGCUUCAGUUCAUCAAAUCAGACGAACAGUCAUCAAAGUGAUAGCAGUCAUGUCAUGAUAACCUACUGUUAGUCUCAUGAUAUUCAGAUGCCUUUCUUCUGCUAUCAGUAUCACAAUCAGAUGUUAUUGUGAGGCCAGAACAAUGCAUUUUUGGGUUUUGCUUGUAUCACAAUGAUAAUUCAGCAUUUGACACCAAUCUUGUAUUACAUUAAGAGUCUGGCUCACUCAAUCUAUUGUAUUUUUUUAUUGUAAAACUAACAAGUUACACAUUUUAUUUAUCAUUAAAUGUAAUAGAUGUUAUAAUGAUAUUAACAAUGUUAAAUCUAUAUUAUAUACCUGCAUAGAAAGUAUUUAGGAGGAGAUUCCAUAUGCCUAAUAGUGUGGCACACUAAAGAUUUGUUUGGUGGUCCUCUCCACUGAUGGUGCAGUAGGUCAUGGUCUCACCCACUAGUUCUGUCUAGCAUCAUGGCAGCUUGUGUUUUUGUGGUUUUAAAAAGUGUCCUUUUAGCAGUGUCUACUUUUCAUGCCACUGACCUCUAAAACCGGACCGUUGACAGGAGUCCAUUGAUUGGGGACCAGAUUUAACACAUUCAGAAACAACUAUCAGGGACCAAAUGGCCUGUGCCUCAGUGAAACCAAAUCAGUUUGAGAUAAAUAAAAUGUCAAAUAACAACACUAAA